CAAAAAUCUGGACGGGUAGGGUUUCCCAAUCCGCUGUCACAAAUGGCGGAGAGGGGGGUUGCUCAAAGAGCCUCAAGCUUUGCAAUCCGUUGAAUCCCUCUUUUUAACCGAACCCAUCAUGGCUGUUGGCAAGAACAAGCGUCUCAGCAAAGGAAAGAAGGGAUUGAAGAAGAAGGUCGUUGACCCCUUCACCCGCAAGGACUGGUAUGACAUCAAGGCUCCUUCUAUGUUCGAUGUUCGCCAGGUCGGUAAGACUCUUGUCAACCGUACCCAGGGUCUCAAGAACGCCAACGACUACCUUAAGGGUCGUGUUCUCGAAGUUUCUCUCGGCGAUCUUACCAAGGAUGAGGAUCGUGCUUUCCGCAAGAUCAAGCUGAGAGUUGAUGAAAUUCAGGGCAAGAACUGCCUCACCAACUUCCACGGAAUGGACUUCACCUCUGAUAAGCUCCGUUCUCUCGUCAAGAAGUGGCAGUCCCUCUUGGAGGCUUUCAUUGAUGUCAAGACCACCGACGGUUACCUCGUCCGUCUUUUCGUCAUUGCCUUCACUGCUCGUCGCCGCAACCAGAUCAAGAAGACCACCUAUGCUCAGUCCUCCCAGAUCCGUCAGAUCCGCAAGAAGAUGUUCGAGAUCAUGACCCAAGAAUCCGCUUCUUGCGAUCUCAAGGAGCUCGUUUCCAAGCUCAUCACCUCUUCUUCUCCCACUGCCCAGGAUAUCAUUGGUCACCGUAUUGAGAAGGCUUGCCAAGGUAUCUUCCCCUUGCAAAACGUCUACGUCCGCAAGGUCAAGAUCCUCAAGAGCCCCAAGUUCGAUGUCCAGUCUCUCCUCGCUCUUCACGGUGGUGAUGCUGCCGGUGAUGCUGACAUUGGUACCAAGAUCAAGAAGGACUUUGUCGAACCCGCCGUUCAGGAGUCUGUUUAAAUUCGUUUUGUAAACCUUCUUCAUCAAUACAGACCUUUUCAACACUGGUUUGUGAACAUUGUGUGUGAUGUCCUUUUUUUAAUUCUUUUGUGGUUGAUGCUUGCUAGUCUAGUGAUUGAUUGUUAAAAGCAAAAAAGAAGGUAUCAUUUCGCAAUACCAAAUAAAACCAACAAGACCAAAAUAUAAAAAAUAAUAACCCACGCGAGUAAUUCAUUUUUUGAGAGCAACAACCCCUGGGUGGCUGACUGAGCACACUAGCGUAAGCGCAGUAGAGAGACUACGCACGGCUAUGAUGAAUUCAA